AUGACAAAGGAGGAGAACAGGCAAUUAAAGAAGGUGGAGCAGUUGGUGGUUUUGGCUCCCCCAUGGACAUCUUUGAUAUGUCUUUUGGAGGAGGAGGAAGGAUGCAGAGAGAGAGGAGAGGUAAAAAUGUUGUGCAUCAGCUCUCUGUAACCUUAGAAGAUUUAUAUAAUGGUGCAACAAGAAAACUAGCUCUGCAAAAGAAUGUGAUUUGCGACAAAUGUGAAGGCCGAGGUGGUAAGAAAGGAGCGGUAGAAUGUUGUCCCAAUUGCCGAGGUACUGGAAUGCAAAUAAGAAUUCAUCAGAUAGGACCUGGAAUGGUUCAGCAAAUUCAAUCUGUGUGCACGGAGUGCCAGGGCCAUGGGGAACGAAUCAGUCCUAAAGAUAGAUGUAAAAGCUGCAACGGAAGGAAGGUAGUUCGAGAAAAGAAGAUUCUAGAAGUUCAUAUUGACAAAGGCAUGAAAGAUGGCCAGAAGGUAACAUUCCAUGGUGAAGGAGACCAAGAACCUGGACUGGAACCAGGACACAUUAUCACUGUUUUAGAUCAGAAGGACCAUGCUGUUUUUACUAGGCGAGGAGAGGAUCUUUCCAUGUGCAUGGACAUACAGCUGGCGGAAGCACCGUGCGGCUUUCAAAAACCAGUAUGUACUCUAGACAACAGAACCAUUGUCAUUACCUCUCAUCCAGGUCAGACUGUCAAGCAUGGAGAUAUCAAGUGUGUGCUGAAUGAAGGCAUGCCAAUUUAUCGUAGACCAUACGAAAAGGGUCGCCUAAUCAUCGAAUUUAAGGUAAACUUCCCUGAGAAUGGCUUUCUCUCUCCUGAUAAACUGUCUUGGCUGGAAAAGCUCCUACCUGAGAGGAAGGAAGUAGAAGAGACUGAUGAAACGGACCAGGUAGAGCUGGUGGACUUUGAGCCAAAUCAGGGAAGAAGGCGCCAUUACAAUGGAGAAGCGUAUGAGGAUGAUGAACAUCACCCUAGGGGAGGUGUUCAGUGUCAGACCUCUUCAUGGGGCCACUGAAGAACACUGCUGGCAUUUUAUAUGCAGUAGUGAACGAAUGAAGAACUAUAAUCAUAGCUCACUACUUGCUAUUAUUGUUUUUGUUUUAACAUUCAACUAUAGUAGUGUUUUAAAAGUUAAAUGAAGAAUAAAAAAAAUAAAAGCUCAAAAAAAAAAAAAAAA